CCAUCCUGCCUUGGGGAGGAGAUGGAGCAAUGACCUGGCGCAGGUUGCCAGUGGGUGGUCUCAAGAGACUGAGUCCCAGCAUCCAAUGUUCUCAUGGAGUUUUGCUUGGCAGCAUUGCAUGCUGGGACACGUAGUCUCUGUGGUGCACUCCUUUUUUGUGUGCUCCAGGCUGCUUGCCAGUGUGGCCCUUUGAGUGUCCUGGAGAGCCAUUCAGCCAGUGUCUGGUGGGCUCGAAGCUAUUGUCUGUCUGCUCUGUGCUCUCCGCACACCUGAAUGGGUGAGCUACUGCCAUUUAGAACUGGUUUUUGAAUUUCGUUCUGCCCUCUCCCCCAUGUUCCAUGCAUCAGAGUACUAGACAGUUUAACCCGUGUUCUCAUCUCUGGAGCUGGAAUGUCCUAAACUCAGGCUCUCCCUGUAGGUAGAUUUUAUUGGGAAACUGAAAAAAAUCUCUCCAGUGUUUUGAGUUCAGUUGAGGUGAAUAGGAAACGGUGAUCCUGCUUCUUUGAGUCACAGCUACAGGAAAAAUGCCCGAAAUGCCACCUGAACAAUGAGAAGAGGAACUGCCUUAUGGUGGAGGGACUGGAUAGGGACUCAGGAGAUCAGCGUUCAGUUGCUGGUUCUGUCACAGACUCGCUGUGUGAUUUAGGGCUUCCUACCUGACAUGGGGUGUCCUCCAGGAGCGGGUCAUGACCCGGACAUAUGGGGCCACUGAGACAGAUCCUGGUGAGAAGUUCAAAGAUUCCCAGUUCCUGGUCUUCAUGAACCGGAUCCUGGCCUUCACCGUAGCCGGCCUGUACUGUGCCCUCACCAAGCAGCCGCGCCAUGGUGCCCCCAUGUACAAGUAUUCCUUUGCCUCACUCUCCAACAUCCUCAGCAGCUGGUGCCAAUAUGAGGCACUCAAGUACAUCAGCUUUCCUACCCAGGUGCUGGCCAAGGCCUCCAAGGUGAUCCCGGUCAUGCUGAUGGGCAAGCUGGUGUCACGCAAGAGCUACGAGUACUGGGAGUACCUGACAGCGGUGCUUAUCUCAGUGGGGGUCAGCAUGUUCCUGCUCUCCAGCGCCCCCACCAAGCACCUCUCCACCGUCACAACCUUCUCAGGCGUGGUCCUCCUGGCUGGCUACAUUGUCUUCGACAGCUUCACCUCCAACUGGCAGGACGCCCUCUUCACCUACAAGAUGUCUCCGGUGCAGAUGAUGUUUGGGGUGAAUGUCUUCUCCUGCCUCUUCACGAUGGGCUCGCUGCUGGAGCAGGGUGCCCUGCUGGAGUCGGUCCGCUUCAUGGCCCGCCACUCCGAGUUCGCGGCCCACGCCGUGCUGCUGUCCAUCUGCUCCGCCUUUGGCCAGCUCUUCAUCUUCUACACCAUCAAUCAGUUUGGGGCGGCCAUCUUCACCAUCAUCAUGACGCUGCGCCAGGCUUUUGCCAUUCUGCUCUCCUGCCUCAUCUAUGGGCAUGCCAUCACCGUGGUGGGCGGGCUGGGCGUGGCCGUGGUCUUUAUGGCUCUCUUCCUGCGCGUCUAUGCCCGCAGCCGCAUGAAGAAGCAUAGCAAGAAGCUGCCUGCCAGCGAGGUCCCAGUGCAGAAGGUUUAGGGACCAUGGGACAUACCAUGCCCUCCUCCCCUCUCCCACUGCAGGGCACUUGCUUUAUUUGUCUUCUCUUUGUGAACCUACUGAGGAGGUGGGGAGAAACAAUGACUCCCUUUGCCAACUGCUUUCCCUGGGCAAGGAGCUGGAGUGGGCUUGGAGGAAGCAAGGUGCUUUCCGGGCCUCCACUGCACCUUUCUCCUGUUGCCUUAAUAGGUCUGAGUAUUUCAGUGCUCUGUGAUCUCCCCAGGAACGGAGCAGAGGGCAGGUCUAGUUCCCAGGAGUGCAGCGGGGUUAACUCCUGCCCUCGCUCCAUCUGGUACUCGGGGCUUCUCUUGAGGAUUAUUUAUGAACAAGGGAGCUUUAUUCCCUGCACUUUCUUGUCUCUAGCUUCACUUUCCCUGUCUUUCCUCACUACAGAGCCGAUAGUAAGGGAACGGCAAGAAAACACUAUCAUUUUUCUUUCCAGAUAUGUAUGAUUGAGAGGGAAGCUCCAGUCUCAGCCUGCCCCAGCAGCAGGUGGUGUAGGGAGCAGGGCAGGAGUGCUGGCUGGACAAGGGGGAGCUCUCAGCUACAUCAGUCCCUGCCUUUCCCAACAGGAGGCGCUGUAGGGAACAGAGCAGGAGCAUGGGGCCUCCCUAGCCACAUCCCAUUCCAAGGCUGGUAAAAGAGCUGCUGCGUAGCAGGCUGGAUUUGUGGCAGGUGCCUCUUGAACAGUAGCCUUGUCCUUGCUGGCUUGGCAGGUCAGUGCACUACACAGUCGCAGCUGGGAGCCUUCUCCAUUUCUGUCUCCUGGCCUGUCACUUCUGCUUCAUUCCAUUUGCGUUUUGUGCUGCUUUUCCUUUCUUGGCAUAGGUUUGAACUAGAACUCCCAGCAUCCCCUAAGGGCGUUUUCUGCUCUCUGGCUUCGGGGAUUUGUAAUUGGCUCCUACCCUUUAGAAAAGCACAAAGAUCCCCUUCCUGGGAUAUCCCUCCUUGUUCCUCCUUUUUCCUGCCAGCAGGAGGUGUCAGCGCCAGCCCACUCAGCAGCGUAGCUAGGGCUUUGUGAUACGCAGCGGUCCCGGAGACAGGACAAAGCCCAGCCCAUGUUCCUUUUCCCUGCACGUGGCUGCUCUCAAUCCUGGAUGCAGGAAGUCACUUGCCCUGGCUCCACCUCAGGAACCUGGGUUUGACCCAGUAACUGUUUUGUUUCUAAACAGACCAGGCCCCUCAUCUGCUAGGGGAAUGGUUUGGGUACUUUUAAAAUGCAAGUUGGUCUCUUUUUAUUAAAUUAAAAAGUUGCUGCAACCAGUGCCCCGGGGUGGAAUGUUGGGGUCUGAAUGUGCCUGGGGGAGAGGGGAAGGCACUGCUCCCGGGAGCUCUCUGGCUAGGGCUGUUGUGGCUGAAGGGUGCACGCUGACUUUCUCACCACCUCCCCCAGGGAGGCAGGGUAGCAUUAUUAGCCCCAGCCUACAGGUGGGGGAACAGGCCCAGGGCGUUGCCUGAGGUCACCCAGGAAUGGUGAGGUGGACCCAGGUAUUGAACCUAGCUCCCCUGAGUUAUAGUCUAGCCCAGGGCCAGGAUCGGGGGUUUGGGGCUUGCACUGUGUUCCAGCCUGAGCCCUCUGCGUACUCUGGCUGCUCACUGUCCCUGUCUGUGUGGCUGGGAGGGCAGCUGUUAGCUAUCUGUGCCCUGAGUCUGGCUGCAUAAAUGUCUUGAUUCUUGGGCAGUCGGCUCUGGUCAGCCCGCCUGUAGGUUCAGCCAUGGCCUCUUCUACCUCUGCCUUCCACUGCUGGGUAGGGGCCAUGCUAUGCCCUGCUGAGCGCCUGCCACCCAGAGUCUCCAUUGCUGUAACAGGCCGUAAGGGAGUAAAGCCUUCAUGGAGCUCUGCUCUGUGCCAAACGCCAGCUUUAGACCCUCCACCCUAGAGGAGGAAGGUGUGGGGAGCCUGGUCUGGCCUCCUGCUUUGGAGAGCAGUCAGGAGCCAGCAGGAUGGGAAGCUGGUCGAGGAAGAGUCAGGGACUAACCUCCCUGCUAGGCUAACACUGUUCCAUAAAGUGCUCAGAUGACUGUGUUCACUUGUGGUCACCUGCUCUUAGAAAGGCUUGAGCAGCAAGAGAGGGGGUCAGAGCUGGGUGACAAGAAUACUUAGCAACUGGGAGAGACUGAAAAACACAGGGCUGUUUUAUUGGAGAGAUGAAAAGCGAGGACAUGAGUGGUCUAUGGAAGGUAGGUUGGGCAUUGCUCUUCAACCUUUGUCAUAACACCAGAGCCAGGAGCUACUCUAUGAUAGUGAAAGGUGUCAAAUACAAAAUGGAUAAAAGG